AUGCAAACAGUCCGGAAAUUGCUGCUGAAAUUUAUAACGGGUCACUUGUUGUGUGGAGAAGUAUCCUGCUGGAUGUUUUCGAGAAGUAAGAAGCAGCAGCUACCAUCGUACAUUGAAGGGACCCAGGGACUAUAUGUGAAACGAGCUAGCCCACCUCCAGUGCCAUCACUUUCUUCACACACUCACACUUUGGCUAAAAAAGUAUUGUCAACCACUGUGGAUGUGUCUGCAUCGAACAACAGCACGACAUGUACACCGAAAACGUCAGUUACUAUCUCCCAAAAACCUCAUAUCGAGCCCCGUGCACUCAAGACAGAAUCAGCAGCGCUCUUCACGGAUAGUUCAGCGGCUCGACCCCAUUCGGACUCAGCUCUGAGUGCGACUUCUACGUAUUCCCUUCCGCCAUCACAUAGUCAUCUUGUGGUGAACCACAUUGAUGCUAUGGAUGGGCGUAAGAGUCCAAUGGGAAAUUUGUCUUCGCAGAGCUUCAGUGAUCCGAGCAAAAGAGAACAUCUAAGAAAACCACUCACAUCAUCUCACAGCAUUGGAAAUGUCGAAUCGUUUAUGGACCAGUUGGGCACUGAUCAUUCUUCCUCGGUCCAGCAACGAUUUGUUUCGUUGCAGAGUCUUCCAGGCCAAGGUCGACAGUUCGGCUCUUCGAUUAUUGGUGAUAAUUGCUUGGUGUCUGGUACUCCUCAACAGGACGAACUUCCGUUGCCACCGAAUUGGGCUAUAGAGGUAACACCUCAGGGAUACAGGUACUACGUCGAUCACAAUACAUGUCGAACUCAUUGGAUCCAUCCUUUAGCUAGAGAAAACUUACCUCCAGGAUGGAACAAAAUAUUCCAGCCUAGUACUGGUGUUAUCUACUACAACGAAAUGGACGGUCGAUCUCAAGUGGAGCAUCCAGGACUAGCUCAACCAUUAAAUCAAUCCAUUAAUCAGCCCAUUGUACCAAUCAAUCGGACUGAGUCUAUGAUGGUCGCUAGUCGACGUACCGAAAGUGCUGUUGAACAUCUGAAUAUCAUACAUCAUGAAGAAGUACCAGAAUGGUUAAUGAUGUACUCUCAAGCUGACACGUCACUGGAUCAUUUGCUAGAAUGGGAUCUUUUCAACACAAUGCAGCUGGAACAAUAUGAAGAGAUGAUGCUGAAAUUGUACAAGCAAGAAGUAAUUGACACAGUUCGGAGAUAUGAAAGAAUGCGCACGAUGUUUUGUAAAUUACGUAGUGCAAUCCACCUUGCCUGCUACUACCACAAUUCAGUUAGAAGCAACCCGAUCAAUAUGAUUGCAAUCUCCCUACCAUAG